UAUCCCUCUUUGGCUAUAAAAGGGAAGACCGGGUUUCCUUUCUCAAGCCCAACACGCUCUCUCUCUCUCUCUCUCUCUCUCUGGUGGCUUUCUUCUGUUUUUGGCUGUGAUCAGACAAACAAAAACCAUCUGGUUCGGCGUCUGAACAAGAAAAAAUUUGAGAAGGGAUUCAAGGAAGAUGGUGAAAGAGAAGAUAAAGAUAAAGAAGAUAGACAACUUGACGGCGAGGCAGGUGACAUUCUCGAAGAGGAGAAGAGGGCUGAUCAAGAAGGCCGAGGAGCUCUCCGUUCUGUGUGAUGCUGACGUGUCCCUCAUCGUCUUCUCAGCCACUGGCAAGCUCUAUGAUUUCUCCAGCUCCAGAAUGGAGGAUACGCUAACGAGGUAUUAUGGUUUCCACUCCAAUAAAGUUGAGAAAUCGGUUCAACCAUGUCUUGCGCUCGAGAUAGAGAACACCAAUCGGGAAAUGUUGCAUGAGGAAGUGUAUGAUCGGGCUCAUAAACUGAGGCAGAUGAAGGGAGAGGAUCUGGAGGGGUUAAACGUGGAGGAAUUGGACCAAUUAGAGAAGAAACUCGAGGCGGGACUGAGCCUCGUGAUCAAGAAUAAGGAAGAGAAAACAUGGAACGAGAUCAACAAACUGCAGAGAAAGGAAGCACAGUUGAUUAAACAGAACAAGCAACUGAAACAGGAAAUGAAGAUGAUUUUACAUCAAGAGAAAUCAGUGACCGUGAACUCGGAGUCGGUUAAAGACGUUUACAUCAGCCGCAAUAGCAUUCCUCCUCUGGAUGGCGAUAGUCCUAAUCCCUCAAGUUAGGGCUUCCUUUCCGAAGCUGAAGUCUCGGACAGGAGACAGCCAACUGGUGCAUUUUCCUGCAAGCAAUCAAUAAAGUAUCGAAGCAUGUGACUUCAAUAAUAACAAUAAAGGAUUGAAGCCCGCGAUUGUGAAUAACUAUUCUAUAGCUAGUUGGUGAUGCAACUUCUUAUAUUGAUGAAACUGCAGUAACGAUUUUCCAUUUAAAAAAUUUGUACUAUAUUUUCUUGCUCAGUUGCUCUAGCCAAUAUCGAUACAAUAAUGUACCGUUGAAUCCAGGAGAAAAGUUUCACUAAUUAAAUAUGUAUAUGGCAAUAUUAGUAAAA